CAGACUCUCAUUGCUGAAGCCCAGAACAAAGAUUUCUGAUUCUCUGUUGAGAAGCAUGUAACCUGAAUGAAUUGCUUCAAGAAAGACGUCAAUUAUAAGUUUAUCGGUUUCUAAUUAGAUUAUUAUUAGAUGUGACAUACAGAAUACUAUUUUCAUCAAAACAGUGAGACGAAAAUUAGUUAUAGGAUAGUGUGUAAUUAACUUACUGACUGUCAAAUCGAUGGCAGAUGUCCUAAAUGAUUGCACGAAUGUAAAUCGUGCACCUUCAUGUCGAAUGCUCUCCUGUCAAUCUCUUCUGACACUAAUGUAUGGUGAAUAUUAUAUAAUUAUAGUAGUAUUUGAUAUUUAUUCAUUCAGAUAAGCUCCAAAGUUAACAAUUUGAGCACACAAAUACCCGUGAAACACACUGAAAGGACUUCGGGGAUGACUGAAGUUCCGGUUACGGGAAAUCGCAAGAAAACAACCGAAGGAACUGAUCAAUACUCGAAGAGCUCGGAUGUUGGUGAUUUGAGUAGACCAACAACCAACAAUCACAAUGAAAAAACUCUGAUCAUCACAGCCCCUCAAGUUAGAGAAAACUUCAAGGAAAUCACCGUAGAAACUGAUCAAUACUCG